UUCCGCUCCUUGUUUAAGUCUUUUCUUUUUCUGUCGUCUGCUUUGUGUUUUGUUGACCGCAGUGUUUGAAUAGGAGGCAGCUGCCGUGUAUUAUUAUUCAGAUUUACUGCCGGAGGAAGUUAGUUGGUAUGAGUAGCCCUAUGGCAAGCUCCGCCUCCUCCAGUUCUAAAGACCGUGCUGGUUCCAGGACCAGCUUCAUCCCGGAGCUUCAGAGCAUGAUGUUCGCUCUGGGAGACGCUCGCAGGCCUCUGCACGAGACGGCUGCUCUGGUGGAGGACAUCGUACACACACAGCUCAUGAUGAUGCUGCACCAGGCCUGUGAGGGGGCGGUUCUGCGUGGGUCAAGGGUCAUUUCAGCUGAGGACAUCCUGUUCCUGAUGAGGAGGGACAAGAGGAAGCUGUCAAGGUUACUGAAAUAUCUCCAGUUCAGAGAUUAUAAAUCAAAACUCCUGAAAAAUCUGGAGGAUGAAGACGCGCUGCAGGAAACAGACAGGUGGGGGGGUGUUGCCAUCGGUAACCAGCGGAAGCAGCGAUUGGCCCAGGACUUCCUAGUGUGGAUGGAUCAGACUGGGGAGCUUCUGUCAUUGUCUGACAGACAAGAAGUAGACCCUGUCAAGCAGGAGCGGAUGGAGCGUUUGGAGCGUCACACCCGAGCGAUGGACCAGGCUCAGUACUCCGAGUUCUGUGAAAGCCGACAACUCAGCUUCGCUAAAAAAGCUUCAAAGUUUCGGGACUGGCUGGACUGCAGCAGCCUGGAGCUGAAACCAAACACCAUCGCCAUGGAGAUCCUAUCCUACCUGGCCUAUGAGACUGUUGCUCAGAUUGUGGAUUUGUCUCUGCUGGUAAAACAGGAAAUGACAUCAAAGGCCGGCCCCAUCAGUCAUGUGAUCUCUGCCAGCUACAUCCACUACAGCACACACGCUGAGGUAAAGAAAGAUCCAGAUUCUCCUGAGGCCACGCCCCCCUCUACUCCGUGCUCCUCCCAUGCUUCUAAACCUGUCUUACAAGGCAACGGCAGCCUGGACAGCAGAGCGAGACAAAGGAAACGGAAAAAGAGCUGUCCGGCUGCAGCAGAGCCGCCCAGCGGAGCCAUCCAGCCGUGCCACAUCCGAGAGGCCAUCAGACGAUACAACUACAGACACACAAGUGCGUACUGGAAGAGCGGGAUGAGCUUCCUUGCCUGCUGAGAAUACGGCACACUGUCACAGCGUAGAAACCAGCCAGUUCUGGAUCUCCUUCCACAAAAAUUACAAGAUGUUCAGAAAAGUACUAGAAACUGAGUUUAGUUUUUGAGUCGUCACAAAAUGUAAACCCACUCAGUUUCUAUCUUCAGCGGAAAGUUCAGCCUUAUUCCUCCUCUUACGUUUUUUUUUUUUAUAACCAACUCACACAAAGCUUUUUAAUAUAAAUUACCAUAUUUACAACUCAAGUCUUAGAUCAUUUUUGUGAACCUGUUCAUUUUGA